UGUCUCUAAAUUGUUGAUGACCUUGAUUCAGACUGCUCUCUCAACUUUGAAAGGAUAAUGGAUACUGGGAAUCACUCCACAGUGACAGACUUUAUCCUUAUGGGAUUAACAGAUCAACCAGAACUCCAGCUCCCCCUUUUCUUUCUCUUCCUACAAAUAUACAUUAUUUCCAUGAUGGGGAAUGUGGGCUUAUUCCUCCUUAUCAGGAUCAGUUCUCAGCUUCAUACCCCCAUGUACUUUUUUCUUAGUAACUUGUCCUUUGUUGAUCUCUGCUACUCCUCUGUCAUCACCCCCAAAAUGUUGGUGAGCUUUGUAUCAGAGAAGAAUAUCAUCUCCUACUCAGGGUGCUUGACCCAGUUCUUCUUCUUCUGUACUUUUGGCAUUGCUGACUGUUACAUGCUGAGUGCCAUGGCCUAUGAUCGUUAUGUUGCCAUCUGCAGCCCCCUGCUCUAUAACAGCACCAUGUCCCAAAAUAUCUGCUUCCUACUAGUGGUAGGAGUGUAUACUAUGGGGGUCUUUGGAGCCAUUAUUCAUACAAGUGGUCUGGCCAGACUGUUCUUCUGUGGAGAUAAUGUUAUUAGUCAUUAUUUUUGUGACAUUCCUCCCCUUCUGAAGCUCUCCUGCUCUAGUACCUAUAUCAAUGAGGUUUUGGUAAUGCUUCUGGUUGUGAUAAAUUCAUUGGUAACUACUUUACCCAUCCUGAUCUCUUAUGCUUUCAUCCUCUCCAGCAUCCUUAGCAUCCAUUCUGCAAAAGGCAGGUCGAAAGCCUUCAGCACUUGUGGAUCCCACCUGGUAUCUGUGGUUUUCCUAUAUGGCUCCAUCAUUUCUAUGUACUGUCAGCCUGCAUCAACCAGCAACAUCACUCAACAGAAAGUGUCCUCAGUGAUCUACACCACAGUCAUCCCCAUGCUAAAUCCCUGGAUCUAUAGUCUUAGGAACAAGGAUGUGAAGGACGCACUAAGGAAAAUCAAGAAGGACUGGCUAGUCUUCUGA